CAGUAAUAUGAUAUAUGAUCUUAAAACAAAUUAAAUAAAAGCUUAAUAUAAGAACUGAAGAUAUACCAACAGAAAGUGAAUUAGUGGGAAAUAACCGACAUAAUUAGAAUAUUUAUGACGCAACAGUGCACACUUCGCCUCAGAUGUGUGAUGAUUUGUCAUGCGCAUGUGUCCGGCUCUGCGCAUGCGCACCGCUGCUUAUCGGGAGUUCUGGCGCACCUGGCAACCUCCGCGACUCCUCCAGAAACUGCUGUCCGCCUCUGAAGCGUCGAUCACCGCGGGCGGAUGGGGAGCGCACCGCUGCUCCGGCCGUUCCAGUAGAGUCGCGUGUGCGUCAGAAACAGUGGCGGAGAAUCGAGCGCGUGAAGGCGGACUCCGCAGAUCCACAAUGGCGGCUCCCAGCAGUGACUCUGGCUCUUCGUGCGGUGGCGGCGGUACUGCGGGACCAGCGGGACUCUCACCGCGACUCGGCUCCAUCGGUGCUCAGGAUUCAAACUCCUGCUGGCGCUGUCAGAAUGAAACAGGGUUUCAGAUCAAUCUGUCUGGAGUAACCCAAAUCAAACGCAAAGCGCUGAAGCUGAACUUUGCCAAUCCGCCAGUGAAGCCGGCGGCGCGUCUGCCCAUCACCAGCACUGCACCGGCCUUCCAGAACCCACACAUAGAGCGGUUGCGGACACACAGCAUCGAGUCUUCAGGCAAACUGAAGAUUUCUCCAGAACAGCAUUGUGAUUUCACGGCCGAGGACCUCAAGGAUCUGGGGGAGAUCGGGAGAGGAGCGUACGGAUCCGUCAACAACAUGGUGCACAAACCCAGCGGGCAGAUCAUGGCUGUCAAGAGGAUUCGCUCCACGGUGGAUGAGAAAGAGCAGAAGCAGCUGCUGAUGGAUCUGGACGUGGUGAUGAGGAGCUCCGACUGCCCAUACAUCGUACAGUUCUACGGCGCUCUCUUCAGAGAGGGCGACUGCUGGAUCUGUAUGGAGCUCAUGGCUACCUCCCUCGACAAGUUCUACAAAUAUGUAUAUUGUGCGUCAGAUGACGUCAUUCCAGAGGAAAUAUUAGGCAAAAUUACAUUAGCAACUGUGAAAGCACUGAAUCACUUGAAGGAAAACUUGAAAAUAAUCCACAGAGACAUCAAGCCCUCCAAUAUUCUCCUGGACAGAAACGGCAACAUUAAGCUGUGUGAUUUCGGCAUCAGCGGGCAGCUGGUGGACUCCAUCGCCAAGACCAGAGACGCCGGCUGCAGACCCUACAUGGCUCCUGAACGCAUCGACCCCAGCGCCUCCAGACAGGGCUACGAUGUGCGCUCAGACGUCUGGAGUUUGGGAAUCACACUGUAUGAGCUGGCCACGGGCCGCUUCCCGUACCCGCGCUGGAACAGUGUGUUUGAUCAGCUGACGCAGGUGGUGAAGGGGGAGCCGCCGCAGCUCUGCAGCUCUGAGGACCGACAGUUCUCACACAAGUUCAUCCAGUUCGUCAACCUAUGCCUUACGAAGGACGAGUCAAAGAGGCCAAAGUACAGAGAGCUGCUGGUACGCCACACUGCAUCCGUCUGUAAGCAUCCGUUUAUCCUGAUGUACGAGGAGCGUCUGGUGGACGUGGCCCGAUACGUGUGCCGGAUCCUGGACCAGAUGCCGGCGUCCCCCGGCUCUCCCAUGUAUGUGGACUGAUGGAGAACGGCAUUCUGGGUAACGGAGUCCUGUGGCGUCCACGCAUCACUGCCCGCUGACCUGAGAGUGCGAAGAUCCAGAGCAAACCAGGGCACAGGGUCUGACACGGGAGCGCUGGUCUCACACACACACACACACACACACACACACACACACACACACACACACACACACACACACACACACACACACACACACGACUGUUCGAGGAGGACACGCUUGCCUUUCACUCCCAGAACAUCCGUGCAAUAAGAAUCAACUCAUUUCAAAGCCAUUUUCAGGAGUGUGUGUGUAAAGCAGCUCACUCUCUAUCACUCUUCAUCUCUCUGUGUGUGUGUGUGUGUGUGUGUGUGUGUGUGUGUGUGUGUGUGUGUGUGUAUGUUUAUGUGUAUAAACAUGUUUGAGUGUCACUGUUUGUUUGUGUGAGGAAAUGUGUUUUUAAGAAUGUGUGUGUGUGUGUGUGUGUGUGUGUGCGCGUGUGUGUGCGCGCGCGCGCAGCAUCGCAUCUCUUUAUUUAAUAAAUCAUAUGCAAAUCUGUGUGUGGUGCAGAAUGGAGUGUUUUAGCAGCUUUAUAUGCAAAUCCGCCUGCUGUCCUGAACAUUAAUAAGUGUGUGUGUGUGUGUGUGUGUGUGUGUGUGUGUGUGUGUGUGUGUGUGUGUGUGUGUGUGUGUGUGUGUGUGUGUUUCCGCGCACAGAUCCUCAUCUUCAGCAUGUGUUGAUCCCCCAGAUCUGUCUAUGGUAAAGAUGUACAGCAGCGCUUGUCAAAUGUUGAUUGUAUAAUAAUAAUGAUGCACCAGACAGUCUUCAGAGGAAUAAUAAAGUACACCACAGUGUAGGAUAAGGUGUGUGUGUGUGUGUGUUCUAAUGUAUUCAGAGUGGGGACAUUUGUACAGAGAAAUGAUCACUGUGAAAUAUUGUAUGUGUGUGGUGGGAAGAGUGAAGUGUAAAACUGUAAGAAGGAACCGUGCAGGGAUAAAGCUGUGUGUGUGUGUGUGUGUGUGUGUGUGUUCAGGUCUGCAUAUAUGAAGCGCUUGAUUAUGAUGAUUAUGAUGAUGAUCAGCCUGCGGGUCAGAUGUUCUUCUUGUCAUUCUGCUCUGUUGGAUCUGAACUCAUGAUGGACUCAAUGCUAGAAUAAACCAAUACUCAGCCCUC